AUGGGAUAUUUAGGAAAAAAAAAGAUUAAAUAAUAAUAAGGUCAUACAAAAAUAAUUUUACACUUUCAUUUCAUCCAAAUAAAAAUAUCUUGGCAUCUAGAAGUGAUGAUUAAACAAUUAGUUUAUGGGGUAUAAACAAGGAAACACAAUUAUGAAAAUUAAAUAAGGCAUUGGAGAAAUAUAUUCAAUUUCAAUUUCCCCCUGAUGGUAAUACUUUAGCAUCAGAUGGUAGUGAUUGUACUAUCAGCUUAUGGGAUGCUUCAACUUUGA